AUGUUCAUUAUCCGGGCCCAGGAACUUGAAGCUGAAACCACCGAACUCAAGAAGGAUCUCGGCCUGAGCGAAUUUGCCGUCCCCAUUAUCAAGCUCAAAGAGCGAGGCAAAACAGAAGGGGCUUUGAAGUGUCUCGACGAAUUUCUUGUUGCUAAGGCAGGUGCUAAUAUGAUCGACCUGUACAGUGAUAUGUGGGAUGACUGCGGGUCCUACUUUGGCGAGCAGCACGAAGACGCCAAGGUCAAAGGGAAGAUGGAUUGGAUACCUCUACCAAUCGAAGCGCCCAAGACUAGGGAGGAGCUAUUGGGCUCCGCCGAAUUUGGGCAGAGGAGAACGCUAAAGACCCGACUGAGCCUAUGA